UGUUCAUUUUACUGGGGAGCAGUAGGGAAUCCACUCCUUGUAGUUUGAUAAGGAAGGCCGACAGCAUACGAACGCCGAGCUCUUCUACAAAGGUGUCAAGUACCACUGAUGAUAGGAUACAGCUGCAGAACUCCUCUGCAACAGAUGUUCCAACUGCUCAGGAAGUUGACGAUUUCUUCAACUGGGCCGAAGGAGAGCAGCAGAGGAAAUUCAUUGAGAAGUAUAACUACGACCUGGUCACAGACAAGCCACUUCCCGGUCGUUACGAAUGGGAGAAAUUGGACGAUUAGAUCACGAAAUUCACUCAAUAUAUCAGGAUUCCGGACCUAUUUUUCUCGAUGUUCUCAGGUUAUGUUGUGCUUAUAAUUGGUAGAUAGUCAGAUCUUAGUUUCUGUCACCCUUUUACUUGUAAAGAAGUAGGGCUGUACUAAUGGCUGUAACAUAACAAGAAUUUGAAUUACACAGCAAAUAGGACUCAAGGCCUGAGGGCGCAGGGUGUAUGGAUUGGUGUAGGAUUUAGGCCUUUGGGUAAUCUGGGUAAUUAGGUGAAUGUGUGGGGUACAGAAAUUUACUUAGAAUUUUUUUUUACUUUUACUCCAUUUGUACUGUAUUUUCCCUCCCUAUACUUGGACUGAUGGAAACAGUGAAAAAAAAAAAAAACAAAGAACACUGUGAUGGAAUAACAUUUUAUCAUCCCAAUA